UCUUUUAGAUAGUUAAGAAGCUCAAGCACUUACACAUAAUAAUAUCCUAUUUUAGAUAGUUAAGAAACACAAGCACUUAUACAAAAGUUUGUGUGUGAGAGAAUUUUAAUUAAGUUGGAACAAAAUGAAGGGAGGUUCAAUUGAACUUGGUGAAGUGUCUAAAAAUGCAUCCACAAAUAAAGGGGUGAAAAGAGGAUUAUCUAUAAUGGAUUUUAUUUUGAGAAUAAUUGCAGGUGUUGCAACACUUGCUAGUGCUGUGGCUAUGGGAACAACUGAUGAAAGGCUUCCAUUUGCUACAUCUUUUGUACAAUUCAGGGCUGAAUAUGAUGAUCUCCCCUCAUUUGUGUUUUUUGUGCUGGCCAACUCUAUUGUUUGUGGGUAUCUUGCGCUUUCAUUAAUCCUAUCAAUACUCCAUAUAGUAAGGAGCACUGCAGUAAAAAGUAGGAUUCUCCUCAUUGUUCUUGACAUGGUAAUGAUGGGUCUACUAGCAGCAGCAGCCUCAGCAGCAGCAUCAAUUGUGUACAUAGCACAUUAUGGAAACACACAAGCCAAUUGGUUUCCUAUUUGCCAACAAUACAAUAGUUUCUGUGAACGUAUUUCUGGUUCUCUUAUUGGCUCUUAUAUUGCCGUUGCUCUCUUUAUAAUAAUAAUCCUCCUAUCUCAAUCAGCUAUCUCUCGAAACUGAUGAUUUGGUCUAUGAGUUUAUCGCGUGUUCUAUUCAGAUUAUAGAAUCUGAAAUGUUUCAACGUGUUUUUGGAGGUCUGUAUGAGGUGUUUAUGCUUUUUGAAUUCUAUAUUCCGAACUGCAUAGAACGCACGAGAAACUCAUAAGAUGGAAAAAAAAAGUCUUAUGAAAAUCGUGAUCGUGUGUAUUCCCCUAUAGUCUGUGUGCAUUUGUACCAAAGUGUGUUUCUCUAACUUGUUUAGGCUUGUGUUGGAUACUUUGUUGGUGUACACAAUUUAAAUUUCUUUUAAUAGUACAAGAGGUUUGAAA